AUAAAUUCUUAUCCAGAACAGCAACAAGAAACUCACUAAAACUCACACACGCAUAGUGAAUAACUAAAGAAGAAGAGAAAUGGCAAACAUACCUUCUUCGUCUUUGCAACUCUCAACUCCAUUCCCACUCGCGCCCUCUCCACCCAAACCCUACGCGCCGAAACCUUCCCUCUCCUUCACGACCCGGGCCACCGAUCCCCAAUCCGAACCGGAACCAUCCACCGACUCCACCUCCACCGGAUCCGAACCCGAACCCGAACAAGACUCCUUCGAGAACCGCCUCUCGCAGGUCCGACUCCGGUACCGGAGCGGAACCGGAAAGAAAGCGGAGCUCCGAAAGGGCAAAAAACCUAAAAAAUCAUCAUCAUCCUCCGGGUCCGGAAUAUUCCUGCCACCAGUGCCGCUAAAAGAACCGGUAUCGGGCGGGUUGAAAGUGGACUUCGGGUUUAGCCCGUAUAGCGAGAGGAUAAACGGGCGGGUCGCGAUUUUAGGGCUAACGGCUUUGGUGUUGGUGGAGAUAGCCACAGGUAAAGGAGUGAUAAAUUAUCACACGCCAUCGAUUGUGCUGAUUCAGAUUUAUUUUGUGGCGGCGGUUACGGCUUUGUAUGUGAAAUAUGAGAAAGAGAAGGUCAGUGUUUGGCCCCAAUCUCCUUCUACUUCUGCUUCUUCUUCAUCUGGUGAGGAAUGAAUAUCAAAUUGUUAUGUGAAUGUUAUUUGAAAUUUGAAAUUUUAAUUUGUAUCUUAUUUGUCUUUUUUUAAAAUGAGGGAGAAAUUUGAAGUGUGAA